CAGGCUGAGGGUUACAAGCUGUGGGUGGACUGGGAGCAAAUGGGUGGAUCAACGCUACAGGCCAUGGCGGAGGCGGUAGAGAACGCAGCAGUUGUUCUUGUUUGUAUGUCAGAGAAAUAUAAGCAGAGUCCAAACUGCAGAACAGGUUGGUAAACGAUUGAUGUGGGCUGUAUACUUAAACCUGUUUUGUUUUUUUAAAAUUAAGCUCUGUUUAAUAAUGGAAUAACCUUACAUUCAUCUUUCUAAUCUUCCGGAGAGAUAACUAGGAAUGUCAUUUGUGGGGGUUUUUUCGGGGCGGGGGGGAGGGUGAGGGGCACCACAGUACAUAACAAUUUAAAUAAAACCUGCAAAUUCAGGAUGGGGGGGGGGAUGCCCUGCCUUACCAAAAUGAAGUCCCAGGCAUUAACAUGCUGCUUAUUUAAUAUAUUUAGUUAUUAAUGUUACGGUGUUUACAUGAAUUCAAUUUUAAAUCUUAAUAAUGUUUACUGAAAAAAGACAUUUUUUUUUUUUUAAACAUUAGUCCUGGCCUUUUUAUGUCUAGUUCUCUUAAAGAAAUUGAUUGUAUGAAUGGAAUUCCUUUUGUCGAUAGAUUUGGUAUUGAUGAAUUACUUUUUCUUAUGUCGUAUGUGUCUACAAUUUGAUAUAGUAGCUACUGUACUAAAAAUAGAAUAAUUUAUAAUAAGCAAAUUUGUUUUGGCUUAACUGUCUUCUUUAAUUUUUUUUUGCUUCAAUUCUUUUAAUUUCUGCAUGUUAAUAUUAAUAUCAUCUCUGAUAAUCCUUUAAAAGUCUUCAAAGGCCAAAGCCAUAUUUUAUUUCAUAUCACUAAAGUCAGUAUUAUCUAAUAUAUCUAUGAAUGCAUACGAAGCAUUAUUAUACAUUGGUCAUGAACAUACACCCUUUUUGCAUUUUGAUUUUCCUUGUAGAGGCUGAAUACACGUUUCAACUGAGAAAGGAUUACAUCCCCCUUAUGAUGCAGAAACGUUUUCGUCCAGACGGAUGGCUGGGGGCCAUCUUGGGAGCAAAACUCUUUUUCGAUUUUACAGGGAAAUAUCCAUAUGAGAAACCAAUGCAGGUGAGAGGCUAAUAUAAAACAGUGCAAAUUUAUUUCUUUUGAUUGAAACGUUUUUUUUUUUAUGGUAACUCUAAAUAUUUUUAGUGGUGUUUAGAAUUUUAAGCGAACUGAAAACUCAUAACUCAGAGCAGGGGUCCUCAACCUACAGCCCCCAGGCAAGAUUGGACCCACCAAAGAUCCUUUACCCUGCCCUCCCACAAGCCAUAUGGGUACCAGGGUAAAAGUGACAAAUAUGGUAUUGGACAUUGAUCAUCUCUUUAGUCAAAAGCUAGACCCAUACUUACCACAUAGACCCAUACUUACCAUUUAGACCAAUACUUACCAUAUAGGCCCAUACUUACCAUUGAAGCCCAUACUUAUCAUUGAGGUCCAUACUUCACAUGGAGGUUUAUACUUACCAUUUAGGCCUACACUUGCCUUUGAGGCCCAUACCUACCAUUGAUCGAUAUACUGACCUUUAAGGCCCCUAUUUACCUCAGAGGCCUAUAUAUACCAUUGAGGCCAAUAUUUGUCAUUAAGGCCCAUACUUACCUUUAAGACCCACACCUACCUUUGAGGCCCACACUUACCAUUUCAAUAGGUUUAUGUUGAUUACAAUUGAUCUUAAUGUUAAUUAUGUCAUUUUUUUCCUUUAUUUUUUUAGAGGGGGGUUGGGAUUUCAUUACAAAUAAGAUAUGUGAGGCGUCCAUAUAUUUUAUUCCAAAUUAAAUCUGGCCCCAAAUUAUCUUAGGGAGAGUGAAUCGGCUCCCUGAUUAAACAGUUUAAGGGUCCCUGACUCAGAGUGUUCAAUGGGAUGGACUAUUUACUUGUGUUUUAGAUGAAUACACAUUUGUCAUAACCACUGUUUGUCCAUUGACCAGGGACUACUGAAAGAGCUACGGGGCCGGGGAAAGACAGCACAAAUAUCAGGGACCAAAAACGCCUCGGUUGGUAAGUUAUUAGUAAAACAGUCUUAA